AUGCCAAGGCCUUCUUCCCAUCUCGAUCUCAGUAUCCGUGGCGACCAGCUCGAGCAGAAUCGCAUCCGACUGGAAAACAAUUUACAGCACACUGAUCUAUCACUCCACCUCUCAUCCGCCCCCGACGAAGAUGUUUCCGAUAUUGAAUUCCCUAGGCAUAACUCAGCCCCGUCGCCUUUUUCCGCAUAUGCGUCUUUCGAACAUCGGUCCGGUGACCAGUUUGAGCCCCAGGAACAUAGCCAAUAUCAUGCAUGGUCUUUCCAAUCCUUCCAUCAUGGCCAGGAUGAUACUGUCAAUCCAUAUGCGGGGGAGACUUUGUCUACGGCAGCUCACCACGCCAGUGCCUUAACUCUUAGUGCAGGUCUCGGGGGAAGAGCAGGUAAAAGGGAUGUCAGCCUAAGCGGCGCGGAGUACGACCCAGAUCGGCCUCUUCAGGGCAUCAUGGCAGGAAUUAACACCCAUUUCAGCGUAUUAGGUGCUGAUUCUACAAAGUCACGGUUUAUGGCCUCAAACACUGUCAACUUUGACCCACUUGUUGUCGAUGAUACUGCUGAACUUGACCGAGUACUUCAAUCGGGACAUGCCUCAUUACCAUCCGCACUUAGGUCGCCAGCGUCUUCGUUUACCUCAUCUUGUUCCCUGUCAGAGCCAGGUUCACCGAGGCCAGGCACUCCUACCCGUCCGAAAUUGUCCGAUGCCCUGCAGUCGCUCGCAUUCUCUCCCAAAAGACCACGAAGUGCUCAGUCCCACGUCCCAGCUCGAUCUGAUAUCAAUACUCGCUCAUUGAGGUCUCCUUCCAUUACAUCCAAAUUUCUUCCUCCUGUUCUGUCAAAUCGCUCGAGUGGUGACACCUCGGUUGCGAAACCUGCCAUUUCCGUUCGAUCUUCUUCUGGAGGUCAACGGCAGACAUCUUCGUUGCGACAGAAUGCCGAAAUCCAUGUCCAACCCGCAACCCCGUCCACCAGUCACGGAUCGAGAUUUGCCAAGAUGGCUCAGGGUUUGGUGCAAGAGAUUGAAUCUGAGAAGAAUAGCGCGAACGCUUCGUGGCGCGAUCCUGAUUCGCUCAAAUCCGCGAUUCCGCAAAGUACGGUGCGUCAUGCUCGGGUAGCUCAAUCCGACAAGAGGAGAAACCCGUUCAAGAGUAUUACAAACCAGGUACACGCUCCCGUAGCUUUGGCAUCGCCUGCUGCUCAAGGCACGAAAGCAAGAACUCCCUUCAAAUCUCGGAUUCACCUGCCUGACGUGACAGGAUUGACAAGUGCCGUUGACUCUCCUGCACGAAUUGGUUUCGAGUAUCGCAGGUUCCAUAGUAAAGGGGAUAGCGAUCAUGAAGCGCGUCUGUAUGCUACCCUCAAUGCUGUGCAGUCUAAACUGGCAUUUCUUGAAUCUGAGAAUAGCGUUUCGCGGCGGCGGGUGCAUGAAUUGGAACUCGAACUCGAGGCCUGCAAGCAGGAAGUAGUUCGAGAACGAACAAAAAUCCUUGAGCGUGAAGAGCUGGUCGCGCAACGGGCAGCGAAUCUCCUUUCACAAGAGCGGGAACGUUUAGUAGACAUGGACAGGUCUACGAGAGGGUACUCGAGGAAUAGAAAGAUGGAUGGGUCAAUGAAUGCUCAAGAGGCUCUUCGAAACGACAGUAGAUAUAAAGAGGCUGUAGAGGAGAAGAAAGCCUUAGAAGCCCUGAUCUCGACUUUGCGCACCCAUCUCUCACGUCUAACCGCUGAGCUGUCGGACCAUCAGCGGCUCCUCACAGACUUGAGGACGAUGCGUGAUUCGGAUGCCCGUGCGUUGACUGAGAAGAGCCAAGAUGUGGACAAGCUACGUCAGGAAGUCGAGCGACUGGCUGGCGAAGUGGAGGUUCUGAAGGGUGUGGUCGAAGAGGGUCUCAAAGAACGACGAAUUGCCCGAGAGCAGGCGUCUUGCGAGCUCUCGGGAGAUGAUCAGACUAGCAGGAUUGGUGAUUCGAACGCAGAUAACGAACCAGAUAUAUCCUCUGUGAAUUCGCUGGCCAGAAGCAAGCCAACGAUUCAUACGAGCGAAUCUGAUGAUGAAGACGUAGUUUCUGAAGUUUCAGAUCCUCGAUCCCCAACACCUUCCCCUCGCCGUCACGCUGGACUGGCGGAUGGAACGAUGCGGACAGACCAUGCUACGAUUGGUUCAUCUCAGCCAAUAGAUGAUCUAAGUACUAAACCUUUCCUAGACGGCGAGGAAUUAGAUCGUAUCUCUGUGGACAUCCAAGACCGACGAGUGGAACGGUCAACAUUGUCAGCUUCACGGUCGGCUGUGUCCUCUCGUUUCAUAUCACCGGUCCACUCGCAUGUUACCUCAAGGGCCAGUGAUUUAUCUCACAGGAGUCAUCACGAACCUCACAGCUCUCGUUCGACAACUCCAACACCUCUGCAUGGUACUGCUGAGCCCGACGCGGGAGACAGACCCUCAGAAUCCAAUGGAUUAGCGCAUAGAGAGGCUGCCGCCGACCAGACACCUUUUCCUCAGAUCCGUGGCGCACACCUAGAACGUUUAUUUUACUCCGCACCUGAGCACAACGCGCAGACGUGUACAGUUUGCCACCGUCGUCGUCGCAGGAGUGACCGCGGGGUGCUCCAGGACGAAGAUCGGAUACCAUUCUGGCUGUCUGGCCGAAGGCGUGCUCAUCGACCACCAGACGUGACCGAAGAUACAGAUGUCGACGAAGGCUUUGUGGAAGGUUCCGAAGAGGACAAUCGUGCUCAUCUCCGUCCUGGCGAAGCGGCACGGACGCGUGCCCGUGGCUCGCCCAUACAGCAGAGCGAUGAUCGAUUGCCACCUCAGACGGUGUUGACACGGGUCCUACGAGAGCUUGAGGAUGAUUUUACACACUAUAAAAGGUCUGCAAUGGUCGUUCAAUGUCAUGACUUAGCUAACUCUCCAGGUGGUCACAUCAGCAUCUACAUUGAGCUUGCCGAUCAGUAUAAGUUAAUGGAUGCAGUUUCAAAUGUUGUGAAACGCAACGUAGUAGCAGGCAAUCUACGAGAAGUCAUUGAUUUACUUGAGCAGAAGGGUGACCAAAUUGCCUCCUUAUACGAUCUAUUGAGCUUUCAAGACAAGCCAGAAAAUCCGGUAGCUACCCAGCAUUCAAGGGAGUCCAUGUCGAGGCCGCUUUCAAGGCCAGGACUGAAGCCACGUCCAACGCCAUCGUGA